AUGUCCUCGGUGUUCGGGAAACCCCGCGCGGGCACCGGACCGCAGAGCGCGCCCCUCGAGGUCAACCUGGCCAUCCUGGGGCGCCGCGGGGUGGGCAAGUCCGCCCUGACUGUGAAGUUUCUGACCAGGAGGUUUAUCAGCGAAUAUGACCCCAACUUGGAGGACACCUACAGCUCCGAGGAGACUGUGGACCACCAGCCUGUCCACCUGAGGGUCAUGGACACUGCAGACCUGGACACCCCCAGGAACUGUGAGCGCUACCUGAACUGGGCCCACGCCUUCCUGGUGGUGUACAGCGUCGAUAGCCGCCAGAGCUUCGAGGGCAGCAGCAGCUACCUGGAGCUGCUCGCUCUGCACGCGAAGGAGACGCAGCGCGGCUACCCUGCUCUGCUGCUGGGCAACAAGCUGGACAUGGCCCAGUACAGGCAGGUCACCAAGGCUGAGGGCACAGCCUUGGCAGGCAGGUUUGGGUGCCUGUUUUUCGAAGUCUCUGCCUGCCUGGACUUCGAGCACGUGCAGCACGUCUUCCAUGAGGCAGUGCGGGAGGCACGGCGGGAGCUGGAGAAGAACUCCCUGGCCCGGCCCCUCUUCAUCUCCGAGGAGAGGGCCCUGCCCCACCAGGCCCCACUCACCGCCCGGCACGGGCUGGCCAGCUGCACCUUCAACACUCUGUCCACUGUCAGCCUGAAGGAGAUGCCCGCCGUGGCCCAGGCCAAGCUGGUCACUGUGAAGUCGUCCCGGGCCCAGAGCAAGCGCAAGGCACCCACCCUGACCCUCUUGAAGGGCUUCAAGAUCUUCUGAGGGCCCCCCUCAGGAUCCCAGGCUCGGAGGCCCAGCUGGGCUGCAGGACAGGGGCUGGCUUCUCACCGCCAGCUUUCCUUCUGAUGGAACAAUAGCCCACGCCCUCUGGUGGACAGCUGACCCUCCUCCAGCACAAGAGUGACCCUGACACCUAGUUCACUGUGCCAGCUGGAGGGACAGGCACGAAUGCUGCCUGUAUUCCCUCAGGCUAUGAUUUCCCUAGUAACCGUUACAUUCCCUGACCCUGAAGGGAAACAGCCACUGCGACAACCCAGAGACCUAGGGUCAGGUUAAGCAGGAGGAAAUUGCAGUGUCCAUUGUGGUGCCAGCACCCGUUCCAGCUCCAGCUCAGCUGGAUGUGGCCCCCAGUGGACAGCUCUGGGUGGAGAGCUCCA